CACGUCACUGACGAAGAGGCGGGGCGACAAUGUUUACUUAUUAUUUACAUUCAAACACGAUAGUACAUCAGUACAUUCCACUCCUUACGGACGGUAGAAAUAAUUAUUCGAACUUCGAUGUGCAUUUAAAGUGAAAACUAUGGCUGCAUAAUAGGAUUGAGAGUGCAAGUGGUGAAGUAUUCCCUGCUGACAGUUUGCUUUGUUGAACAACUGUCAACAGCUGAUGCGAGUAUGAAAUAAAAUGAAAUUUAGGUCUUCUCAGAUUAACCAGGAGCAAGUGAGGCUGCUUCUAUUCAAAGAGUGUGAUUUGCGUGGUAGGAAGCUCCUAUUUGACUCAUCGAGUAUUGACAAAGUUCCAGCAGGCAAAAAUGACAAGCCCAACAUUAGACAGACCAAUGAUGCCCCAUAUAUUGUGGAGGUGUCAGAGGGAUUUACAUAUAUGUACAAGGGUCCAUCGGCUGACGCCAGCGUUCUCGGUGAGAUGAUAUUCGGCGCUGUGGCUAUGAACUGCAAGAGUGUCUCAUUGAAGAUCCACAUCAUGGAAGAGCCUAGAAGGUUGAUGUGUACUAAGGUGUUCUGUGUACCAACUUCCCGCCGAAUCAGCCGAACAGACCGAAGAACUGAAUGCAGUACUGCUAAAUUGCGAAACAGUUCAACGCCAUUAAAUGUACCGCUGCUGAAAGAAGAAGGCGUGUCUUUGAGUUUCUCCCUGGAUAGGGGUGAUUCAGGUUUUUAUGGAGAUCUCACCCCUCACAGCAGCGUCGGAUCCACCUACGACUACGUAUCUAUGUUUGAUAUAUGGGAUGGAAGUAAAGCGCAAGAGGAAUUCUUCACUUUCUCUUCACCAUCUGGACGCAAAAUAAGUACAUCAAGUAACGGCAGCUGGCAAAGACGCACCUUCCAGAACCUGGCGACGAGGUUCAACCUUGGUCAGGAGAGCACCAACUAUCUGAAUUUGCCUACUGCCACCAGCAAUGUGACUAGCAGCGAUUCGCAGAUGUAUAGCAGUAGUUCUGCGAGUGGCACGAGUGAUAGUCUAAUUAGCACCGGUUCAUCCACGGCGCAGAGGAAGAACAAGUUGGGACUAGCUCUCCUGUUCACUGUUGCGGAUGCUACGGAGAUGGAUCUAGUCCGUAGAUGCGCUGAGCAUUCGCCACAGUUGCAAGCUUUAGUAUGUAGACUACGGCUGGCAACAUUGACCGCAGUAUCGGGUGGAGGAUUCGUAUCGACGCUGCAUCGUGCCUCUAUUGACGCUGCCAGGUGGUUAUCAGAUCUAAUGCAUGGGCCGCGACUACAGCCAGUUUGGUUGAGUUUAGUGACGAGUGACCGGCGCACUGCCAAUAAGACAGCUGAUACUCUAUUAUCUGAUCUCUGUUCAGUUUUAUCUGUGGCCGACACUAAACAUACUAAUUUUUUCAUCAGCACAUUAUUAACCCAUGUCCUGACGUACCAUCUCGGCUGGGUUACCACCGUUAGUCCAUAUGACACAGCUGACUUGCAAACUCAAUCGUCAUGGGCAACUGAACCCAGGAGAGCGUACAACGCGCUAUGGGCCCAACUAAGUGAUCUCUGCGGCAACAUAGGCUUCCCGCCACGGUCAGCCAGAACCAUCAUAAGUGGCACCAACAACCCUCAAUUCGUAAACAGGCUGUUAAUAGUGUUAACUUAUUUCGUCCGCUGUGGUGAUGUUAAAAGAAGCGAAUACCAUUUUGAUGGUUGUGUGGUUGAUAAAUAUAAAGUUGUUAGUGUGAACGCGGAACAUUCAGACGCUACCAGUACUGCCAGUAAAGUGAAUGAUCUAGUGGACUCCGCGUCUAAAGACAGUCUGAAAGUGCCGAUAGUUAAUACUCAGAAUAGUGAUAGUAGUGUCAGUACGCUCGUGGCUAGUCAGACCAGUAUGAAACGGUCAUCCACUUUAGCCAAUAUCGGUCAAAAGCUCUCUAAUAAUUUAGACUUUACUGUGGAAGAUUGUAGUUCAACAAGUGUGAAAUCUACAGGCUGCGUGCUAAGAAGGAAUCCCACCAUGAUGCUUUCUCUGAGGGCGUCCUCGGACUCUAGUCUAAAUUCUUCUAAUCCAGAGGAGCCUGAAGUCGAUGAGAAAGUUGUUUUUGUAUUGGGUGAAGAUGAACAGCUGGUUGGACUAAAGAAUAAAUCGAAUGGAGGGAAGAGUGUUAAGAAGUCAUCCAAAGUACACAAUGAACCCAUCAACUUGGAGGUCGACGAGAAGGAAGAAGUCUAUGCCAAAGAUAGUCCUAAUUAUGAAAAGAAUAGAGAGAGCCCUUCGAAAUGCUGCGGGCAAACGCUUCAACAUUCCAAACCAAUUAAACAUUCCGGUUUUAAAUUCGAGUUCGAUAAGUACCCUCAGAUAGUCACUAAUUAUAUGAAGAGUAAAAAUUUAGAGAUAUUAGAUAGACACUAUAUCGGUAAACCGGGGAAUUUGAAGUUGGACAAUUUCCAGUUUGACCCAACUGUUGUGCCUCCGAUUCAAGAGGAGAGAUGCGAGACUUGUUACAAAUGUCAGUUAAUGGAAUCGAUGCUGCAAACGCCGACGAACGCUUCUGAAAUGGAGUACAUGAAUGAUAUCCCGCGACAGUCAGAGCCACAAUAUGCCAAAGAAACUGUUGAAAACAAAGUUGAUCGGACAGAGGAGCCACCAGUGAAUUUUGUUAGGAGGCGGAUAGAAAACACAUUAAUAGUGAAUCCUGUAGAUACGAGAAUGUUACGUGCGGAAGAAAAGAGAGAAGUGAAGAAGCCAGUGACAGUAAAGGAAAAGGAUAACGCACCUGAAGUAAAGCAGGUUAUAGAGUUUCCAUUGCCGUCACUGCGCUUACGAUCGGUGCCGGAUCAUUCGAGGUCCGGGUUCGAUGCUUCCCUGCUCGGUGGAAUUACAGACCAUUAUGUACCUGAUUUAAUAAUACAAGGAACAAUCGCAAAGUCGAACAUUUGGGAGACAGAUUUAAGGCGAGAUUUGGACCUGACCUCGUACCUGAACAAAAUCAAAGAGUCACCGCUUCAAACCAUCGCCAUUAUAGGAGAUACUAAUAAAUGGGAGGUUCGUAUUGUUGGGCGGGAGCACCGCGCGGGGGGUGGAGGGUAUGAAGGCGCGGGGGGCAUGUCGUCACUAGUGGGUGCCAUGUUGGAUGCACUACCCGCCAUGCAUCGUGCUAGGGUUCCAGCACACCAGUGUAUAACAUUUUUGGAAGGGAAGCUACGAGAGUUCUGCGUUCUAUCAAAAACUCUAGCCGAUAUGCUGAUGUCAACUGACUUCUGUGACAUUGCCACGCUCACCAAAUCCCUGAAUAUCGACGUAAAUGACGUUCCCCUAUUACUAGCUGUAGCCACCACUCACACGCCACAAGUAGCUGCUAAAUACGGAAUCAGUUAUAGAUAAUCAUAUAUUAAUUAAUUGAGUAAAAUAAUUAUAUUUAUAUUAUAAAAUAGGUUCAAAUAUACUAAAGGCAAGCUAUUCUGCAUUUUAGUAGUUCACUAUUUAAUUUGACGCACGUUAUGUUACGUACGGUACGUUAAAAUGCGUCUCUCGUUGAGGUAACUAGAUAGAAUUUUAUCGUUAUAAGUUCUGUUUAAAAAAAUUAUUUACACAUUACAAUGUUGUGAUGCAAAGUCGUAUCAACGAGCAUAAUAAGAAAUUUCUUUCCAAAAAUAAAAGAAAAUAAAAAGAAGACGAAAAGAUUGACUAAUGUGUAGUCACUUUCAUCACAUUGCAACG